AUGAAAGCGACUACACCCGAAGUUGAAGAGGUGGAAGUGACAUUUGACUGGUUAAACAAGAUACUAGCAGAAAUUGAUGGUAUCGGAAAUAUAAAAAAUUGGAAAGCUGGAAAAGAGCAUUUCAUAAAUGAAACCAAACGACUCGAGAAGGAUGGUGUGCCGAUGGGUCUUCUCAAUGAAUUGAAAGCAGCUGGCGCGAAUUGGAUUGUGAAAUUUGAAAUACUGAGCAAAACCGACUCGACGCCUACUCUACAAGAUAUAACAGAGGCAAAAAAUGUAUUAGAAAAGACAAAAACUAAAAUGUCUGAAUUUGACACCUCCGGCCCAUUCUGGACAUUUCGAAACUUUUCUUCUGCCGUCAAUGGAAUCUCCCCAGUACUGAAAGCUGCAAAAGGAGUGGAAGUGUUCUUAACCGGAUCCACUACUUCUAUAACGAUAGACGCACAAGCAAAAUCAAUGUACACCACUUAUCUGGAUUCAGUUAUCAACAAGCUCAAUACUACUGCAGGUCAUUUUGCCGACUUCCAAACCGUAUCAAAGUUAUUGGCUGCUCGCGAACAGAAUUUCCAUCAUAGAAAAUAUCAUCUGAGUUAUGGAUUACCGAAUGGCGCUUCAGAUGUUUCAUCUUUAUCUGCUGAUGUUCUCAAUCCAUGGAUUCUGAAGGUCAUCAAAACGACAAGUCUGAAAACUGCAUUGGACCAUCUGAUUGAGAUAUCUGCUCAUUUGAAGAAGAUUGAUGGAUCAUUUGAAAAAAAUGCCAAAGGUAUUAACAAGUUAAUGGGAUUCUUCGAUCCGAUUUCAAAAAUUCUCAAUGAAGCCGAUAAAGCUAAAUCUGGAAUUCAAGGAUUCAAUUGCAGUAAACCAACCACAAUUCCGAUUAAACUAAAUUCGUUUGAUAAAUUCUACAAUAACUUGGAGAAUAUUGACAACAAACUUGCUGUUUUGAAAAAUUUAACUGAUCAGCUAUCAAGACUAGCGAUCAGUCCUGGAAUUGUUCAAAUCUAUGAUGAAGCCAUUGCUAUUCUGAACGAAGUUGCAGGAGAUGACAAAAAGGUCAAAGGUGUGAUUGAAAAAUUUCAAAGCUAUUCGCAGAAAGAAGUUUUAAACGAUCAUAUUGUUCAAAUCAAUGGCCUAACGGACAAUAUCGGAUCGCUAAAGCCAACAAGUAUCAAAGAAGAGGCGAAAAAAGCGAAUGAAAACAUGAAAGCGUUGAAUGAUUAUCAAGCAAAAAUGAACGGUUAUGCAGACUAUUUUGUUUGCCUUCAAAACCAAGAUAAGCUGAAAUCAGUCUUCAAAGCUUUGGAAGGGCUCAAUCGGAUUCGGAAUUGGACCACGGGCAUGACAGGGGCGUUGACCGAUGGAAUCAAUACAAUGACCAAAGUGAAUGGCAUCAAAGAUGAUUUGAAGGCGUUGCAGAAGUCAAUUGGAUUGUUGGGAGACUUGAAGAGCAAAGAGACCGAUGCGUUGAAAGACUUCAAAGAUGCACCAACAAUUUCGGAGAACAUUGGAAGAGCGGUACAAGGACUGGCUGAGAUGAGUUUGGCACUAGAAAAACGGACAGAUGUGGAGAAUAAGUUUGUUGAUAUCAAAGUGGUUUCGGAUAACAAGGCGAACGUGAAGGAUUCUGGAGAUUUGGACAGUCUGGAUGAUUUGACAAAACUGUCCGGUUCGCUUCAGAAGAUGUACACGUCAUUGAAUAAUUUCGAUAAGACUGUUGGAUCUUUUGUUCGUUCGGAUACGUUUGCCAAUCAGUCUGGAAUCUUCGAGAAGGCUAAACAGGUAGCCGGUGUCACUGACGACUUUUCCAGAAUGAUCGUGGCAGUUGGCAAUCUGAAGCAGACAGCUGUUGGCGGUGAUGCAGAUAAGUUGGAAGAGAUUGAAGACGCGUUGAAGACAAUGGAUUCUCUAGAUUUGAAUUUUACUGGAUUUCACAAAGAUUUCGAUGAAUCCAAAAAGUCACUAGAAGAGCUCGAUGUCUUCUUUGCCGGUUUCUACGCAAAGUUCCAGCCGAUAUCCGCUACAGUUGCUACAGGACAAACUCCGCCGAUUCUUCGUGGGAGUCCGACUGUUUCAAUUCAACGACCAUGGACUAGUACUCAAAGGGGUGUGAAGAAAGACUCUAAUGCUCUUCUCAUAUAUGGAAGUAUUGCGGGUGGAGUGUUCGGAGUCACGUUUAUUGUCGUACUCGUGCAUGUCGGCCUUCACAUAUGGUGCCGCAAAUGGCUAGUUUAUCAUUAUUGCAUCAAAUGGAAGGCCACACCAGAAAUUUUGUUCGAUAUGUUUUACGCAUAUGUCAAUAAUCAGUUAAUGGCUCUUGGAGAUUUCUUUGAGAUUCCUGAAAACAAUUAUGGCCAAAUCACUUAUAGGAUGUACGUGGAUUUACGGGACCUUGCUCUCACACGAUUCUUAAAUUCACCCGAUAUAAAACAAGUAGCGUCUAUCGAGCCUUCAGAUUGCAGAGAUAAAAUGAUUUUAUUGGAGAAGGGAAGAACAGUUCUGAAGAAAUGGAAAGGCCGAUUUGCCAAUUCGUUUUUCCACGGAAAUGAAGUCAAUAUGCCCUAUGGGAUAAAAUUGAUUUUGACGGAACCGCCACAGAAAAAGAGUGCUAAUAAGAAUUCAACUUUGGAGAAGUUUUUCUGGGUAGCGAAACAAGAGAAAACUAAAACCAUUAUCAUGUUUUGCAAGUUAGAAGAGGAAGGAAAAAUUGUAUGUGAUCGUUACUAUCCUGAAAAAGAAGGCGAAACAUUGGAAUUGGAUAGACUCACGGUCAAGUGUAGCAAACUGGAAAACAAAUUUGACAAAACCCUUAUUGUUCGCACGCUUGUUGUUAAAUUCGACACUGAGAAAGAAUUUAGUCUCACUCAUUAUGCAUUACGUGAUUGGGCAAUAGGCGAUUAUCCAUCGGUGGAUUCUUUAUUGUAUUUGCAUGAGUGUAUUGAAAAGGACAAGAGUCGCGCAAUCAUUCAUUGUGAUGAUGGCUGUGAAAGAACUGGUCAAUUUGCACUCGGCAUUCUAUUUUACCAGAAACUGAAGAAGAGUCAGAAACUUAAUUUUGAAGAAAGCUUUCUAAUCAUCAAAAAGGCCAGGUACGAUUCAAUUUUCAAAUCCCAAGAAUUUGCGUUUGCUGCUCGUUUCUGUUUGGAAAUUGUGGCGACGAGAGCAAAACUGAAUGAUGAACAAAAAGAGCAGUAUGAGAAAUUGAAGUGCGGAUGGGAGGAUAUUGAGAUUGGAUGCGUGCAAGAGAAAAAAAGGAUACCAAAUAAAUUAAUUUAA